AUGGUUGUCAAGUCUCUCAAGUCUCUUUUAUUUGGCGUUGCGGUGCUUUUACAGCUUGUAGCGCUAGUAACAGCCUCUACAACGUAUGCUACUAUAAAGUCAAAAAGCCAUCCACAUGGAGUCAAGAGUAUUUCAGACUUGGUAGAGGGUGCGAGUGAUGUGGAUCCCCUUGUUAUAUUCCAAUUCAAAGAGUUCCCUCUACUACAAGAGUUCUCACGUUUUGACGAGAGCUUACCGUUUUUGACUUAUCUGUUCCAUCGUCAAGACAGUGUCGAAUUGAACAACCAGCAUAUGAUCCAUAUCGAUAACAAGAUGGUUGAAUUCGAGACCUUUGAAAUACUGGAGUUGCCCUCUUCACCCUCAGUGCACCUAUAUGACAAGCAUCUCGAAGGCAAGCAAGUCAUUUUGUUCGAUUUUCAAGAUGCUGAAUAUGAUAUUGUGGAAUUGGACGAAUUCCUUGAGUCAAUUUUUGGGUUCGUUUCUCAAGAAUAUAUGUCUUUCGACGUUGACGAUGUUGUGUUGAACAUAAAUAAUGAUUCGAAAAAAUCAUCAACCUUACAGGUAUGGUCAAGCGUGUCUACAGGUCUUAAAGAGCGUAAAGGCACCGAAAAAAAACCUGUUGAUAAUGAUAAGUUGAGUGAUAUUUGGACUGAAGGUUUGAUAAUGUGUUUGUUAGUCUCUCUCUUUUUGAUAGUACUUCUGGUUAUCGCAAUAUCUUGGGUCGGCAGUAUAGAUAUUAGUUACGGUGCAUUGGAAAAAUCAACUAAUCCAUUAAAGAAGAGUAACUGA